AUGUCCGCAGAAUCAAGAAAUUUUGGUGAGAUCAGCGCCUAUAUCGCUCGUGCAAAAAUAUUCCCACUCGUUGAUCAUGAUAGUUUAAUCGCGGAAAAUAAUGAUGCUAAGAAUUCCCAUAUCCUACAAUGCUAUGGCAUUGCAUGUGAUUCUUCUCAAGGUUAUAUGAUGGUCUCUGAAUAUGCCCCUCAUGAUAUUUGUGAUAGUGUGCGGCCGAUGGUUAGUGGACCAGAAUAUACAGAUCAUAUGAAAAGGCCUAAUACGGAAGAAUUGUGUAAUAUUUUUGGAACAUGGGCAAAUGAACUCCCGCACACUGGAUGGCUUAAAGGAGACAAAGCGGAUAGCGAAAUUGCCAGGCAAUUUUUAUUUGCAGGUGCAUUAUAUAACAGUCGUUCGUUAACUCAAUACAUCACGAGGGCGUUUGUGAGACUAAUUUUAUAA